AUGGCAGAUUCCAAGCAACCACUCUCCUCAGCCUCUGCCGGCACUGCUCCAAAGACCGCCACAAUCACAGAAAGUCCUUCCGUCACCCAUGUCUCCUCUGCGGCGCCGACGAAAAAGUGGACGAAUUUCUGGCUCGCCUCCGCCCUUCCGCAGUCUGCACUCCUAUGUGCCAUCUUUGGUGUCCCGAGGCAACUAUACCAUCGAGCUCUAUUAUCGCGCCCAAGUCUGGUGCAAGACGAUUCUAACUUCCGCGGACUGGAUACCGAUGACGAAGAGGAAGAUCAUCAGGAACUCAUCAAUGCCCCACGGGAUAUCAAGUCGCUUCGUGCAACCCUCUUCAGUCAAGCCCGCCAUUACGGUGUGACAGGUGGCAAAUGGAUCGUCUUUGUCAGUCGUCAGAAUCUUGACAAAGUAUGGUCCAUCGUUGCACACCGAACAGCUGAAGGUCGACUGGGCGUUGAAGCUACAGUACUUACUACGGGUAAAGACAGCGGCGAUGAUAUCCCCAUCUCAAUUCACACAAGCGACUUUGUCGAUCGUGGGGACGUGGUCUCGGUGCUCAAGGCCAUCAUACAAGCCAAGAUCACACAAGAGGCCGAACAGGCUCAAAUCUACUACAAACCUGACGUCUUUUCUCACCCUGGGACUCAACUCUGGUGCCAUAUAUGGACUUCGUACCAGCUAUUGGGACAGCGCCAAGUUGGAAAAGGAAAUCAAGUGGAAUUGAGAUCUGUAAGUGCAAGCCAAACCACCCAAAAUGUCUAG